AUGGACGAAGACCACGCGCUCCAAGUCGUGGAGACGGUGGAUGCGUUGGAAGAGCUCGCGGCGCACUUGGAAGAGUGCAAAGAGUUCGCGGUCGAUCUCGAGCAUCACUCGUAUCGGUCGUUUAAGGGAUUUACGUGUUUGAUGCAAAUAAGCACGCGCGAGAGAGAUUUCGUCGUCGACGUCUUGGCGCUUCGCUCGCACGUGCGCGACGCGCUCGGGAAGGCGUUCGCGGACGCUGAUAAGCUCAAAGUGAUGCACGGCGCCGAUAACGACGUGCAGUGGCUUCAAAAAGAUUUCGGAAUGUUCGUCUCGUGCUUGUUCGACACCGGUCAAGCCGCUCGCGUGCUCGAGUUGCCGAGCAAAGGUUUGGCGUACCUGCUGCACCACUACUGCGGUAUCAAGGCAAACAAGCGGUUUCAGCUCGCUGAUUGGCGUCUGCGUCCGCUGACGAAAGAGAUGGUGGAGUACGCGCGCGGAGACACCCAUCACUUGUUGUACGUGCACGACAGGUUGAAGGAGGCGCUUCGC